AUGGGUGAUUACGAUGUGAGCGCACUAAAGGAGCAAGAUCGCCAGCUUCGAAACAGCAUCGCAGGUAUCACUAAAUUUCUUGCGGAUUACAACAAAGAUAUUCACGAGGCUCAGAUCGAUGUUCGCCUGGAAACUUUAGAGAAGGCUGUUCAAAAGUUUUUCACCACACGCAGAAAAUUAAAGGUUCUACUAGAUGAGGAAGACGAGGAACAAAAAUCGGAUUCGAAAGAAUCUGAAACCUCACGAAAACGCCGAUUGGAAGCUCAGCAAGAUCAACGUGAAGCUGAGUUCAACGAGGUCUCCAAUCAGAUCGAAGAGAUGUAUUUUUCUGCCAAAAGCACUUUACUUGCUCUGCGUCCUAAAAAAACAGACGGUCAUGCUUCGGAACAGGAUUCAGAUGAAAGAAGUGGGUCUGUUAUGUCUCGCGUCAAGCUUCCGGACAUUCAUCUUCCAAACUUUAGUGGUAGGUUACGAGACUGGGUCACCUUCCGAGAUAUGUUCCGGAGCUUGAUCCACAAUAACAAUCAACUCUCACCGGUAGACAAGUUUACAUAUCUGCGAUCAUCAGUGUCGGAUGAAGCUCUUCAAGAGAUCAGUGCUAUAGACAUUUCAGCAAACAAUUAUCAGGUCGCGUGGAAGGCACUUGAAAAUCGUUAUGAAAACAAGAAACUAAUUGUAAAGGCACAUCUCGAUGCCAUCUUUUCAAUAGAGCCAGUACGCAGAGAAAACUGUGAUUCUUUGAACCGUCUCAUUGGUGAAUUCGAAAAGAAUCUGCAAAUGCUCAACAAGAUUGGAGAAAUCACGGACAACUGGUCAACUCUACUAGCACACAUGGUCUGUUGUCGACUAGAUCCAGUAACACUACGCCAAUGGGAGACACACCACAACUCCAAGGAGGUGCCUACAUACGCAAAGUUGAUGAACUUUCUACGGGAUCAGUGUCUAGUGCUUCAAUCGAUUUCAACGACCAAAACUGCUGAUCCGGAAACUUAUCGUCCCCGAGUUACCACGACACAUGUGUCUUCACAAUAUCGCAGGCGCUGUGUAUUCUGUGAUGCUCCCUACCAUUCAGCAUUUCGCUGUAAUAAGAUGAGAAAUUGGUCAGUUGCGCAAAGAAUUUCUGAGGUCAAUAAACAUCAAUUGUGUUCGAAUUGUUUGCGAGCUGGACACUUCGCAAAUGAGUGUCCCCAUGGUACGUGCACCCGUUGCGAUAGAAAACAUCACACUCUUCUGCAUUACAACAACUUUCAGUCUAGAUCACAAUCUACCCAAAACUUUGAUGUCUCCUCCGUUCCACCAACACGCAAUAGGUUCGAUGCUGCUAUUCAGUAUUCAGUCAACUCAAACAGACCCAAUCAACAAAAUCAAUCACAGUGUUCACCAAAUCAAGAGCCUUCCACGGUUUCUAAUUCCUAUCCAAUAAUUCAGACAUUAAAUCCACAAGUCCACCCAAAUUUAACGGCUGAUGAUCGGCAUUCGAACGCCUUUAUUUCCUCUCACGAAGCUAGUUCUUUACCCGUACAAAUUUUAUUGUCAACCGCAGUUGUCCUUGUUAAAGAUAGAUACGGUAAUUACACCUUUGCCAGAACGCUUCUUGAUUCUUGCUCUGAGUUCAGUUAUAUCACCAACAAUUUUGCUCAAGAAUUGAAGCUGCACGAUUGCCCAGAAAGAUUGACAGUUCAAGGAAUUGGUAAUGCAUCAGUUGUAUCAAAACGAUCAGUAGAAGCUAUUAUCCAGCCGCGUCUGCCCACAAUCUCCAACUUCAGUCAAAACAUACGUUUCCAUGUCCUUCCACAAAUCACCAAAGCUUUGCCAACCAAACCAAUAUCAACUUUGCACAGAAACUUGUUGCCCCAGGUCACGUUAGCCGAUCCAGAAUUUUAUAAACCCGGGAAAAUCGACAUGAUAAUUGGAGCAGAAUAUUUCUUCGAUUUAUUGCGCGAAGGAAAACAAAAGGUUAUGAAUAAUGGUCCAACUCUUCAAGAUUCAGUCUUUGGUUGGAUUGUCUCUGGUAAAGUGUCAGAAAAUCAUUCGAAAGGUUGUACAGAAAAUCAGUCAGUUAUUCAGUCAGAUGUAAGUCAGUUCGAAACGUCAGCAUUCGUCAGUUCUACAGCUCAACUACAGGAGUUAAUAUCAAAAUUUUGGGAUUUGGAGACAUGUCAUAAGAACAGUCGUUACUCCGUUGAAGAGACAGCUUGCGAGGAGCAUUUCAAGCAAACAACAACUCGAGAUACAGAAGGAAGAUUCGUUGUCAGUCUGCCAAAGAAACCUAGCAUCAUUCGAAAACUUGGUGAAUCGCGAGACAUAGCUAUGAGGCGUUUCCUUGGUCUCGAAAAACGAUUCAUGGCUAAUCCAGAACUAAAGACUAUGUACAAAGAUUUCAUUCAUGAAUAUCUUCGAAUGGGUCAUAUGCGAGAAGUUUCAGAAUAUCCUGGUCAGAAUUUAUGUCAGAAUGUGAGUCAGAAUUUAUGUCAGAACUUGUGUCAGAAAGGUCAGUAUUAUAGUCAGAUAAUUUCGUAUUACUUGCCACAUCAUGCAGUACUGAAACCCGAUAGCACAACAACUAAACUCAGAGUAGUUUUUGAUGCAUCGUGCCGCACCUCUACCGGCGUUUCGUUAAACGACGGUUUGAUGGUAGGCCCAGUCGUCCAAAAUGAUUUGCUUUCGAUCAUCCUACGCUUCCGUUUACACCGAUUCGCAAUUAGUGCAGACAUAGAGAAGAUGUACCGGAUGGUACGGAUUCAAAAAUCGGAUCAGUGCUUGCAACGCAUUUUAUGGCGGGAUUCACCAAACGAAGAAAUCAAAACAUACGAAUUGACAACAGUUACAUACGGGACAGCCAGCGCUCCAUACCUUGCCACACGAUGUCUCAGGCAACUCGGUGAAGAGAACAAGCUUAAACAUCCAAUUGGUUCAAAGGUGAUCAUCGACGAUAGCUAUGUGGAUGAUACUCUCACUGGUGCCGAAACUAUAGAAGAAGGCAUAGCACUGGUAAGAGAAAUGACGUCUAUCACCAAUUCAGCAGGAUUUCAGCUUCGCAAGUUUAAUUCAAAUGCCAAAGAGAUAUUAGAAAGUAUAUCUUCUCAUCUACGCGACACACGUCCUAUUUUAGAACUAGAUAAUUCCAGUGAGAUUGUUAAAACACUCGGUCUGAAAUGGGACACCACAUCAGACAAAUUCUGCUUCAGUUUUCCUGACUUAAAAUCAUCAAAUCUACCAAUCACGAAGCGAAUCGUUCAUUCAGACGCAGCGUGCCUGUUUGAUCCACUUGGCCUUGUAGGGCCAAUAGUAGUAACGGCCAAAAUUUUCAUUCAAAAAUUGUGGCGAUCAAAACUUGAUUGGGAUGAUAAAUUAGAAGAGAGUUCUCAACAGUUUUGGAGUGAAUAUAGACGUUGCUUACUGCAAUUAAGUUCUCUAUCAAUUCCUCGUUGGCUAGGAUGUAGCAAGGAUCUCGCGUCAAGCCAACUGCAUGGGUUUUGUGACGCCUCGGAGCAAGCGUAUGGUGCGUGCCUGUACAUGCGAAGCGUGACCAAUGAUGGAUCUAUUUCAGUGCGUCUCAUCACAUCAAAGUCUCGGGUGGCCCCAUUGGAAAACCUCAAGCGAUCUAAACAGAAGACCUCUAUUCCCCGGCUCGAGCUAUCUUCGGCACUAUUACUGAGUCACUUAUUUGAAAAAUGCGCCCGAGAAUACCCACAUAUUACAGAGGCCUUCUUUUGGACAGACUCAAUGAUCGUAAAACAUUGGCUAGCUUCUCAUCCUUCUCGCUGGCAGACAUUCGUAGCAAACCGUGUUUCCGAAAUACAGCAUAUCACAAAGAGUGGAACAUGGAAUCACGUUCCAGGAAUCGAAAAUCCAGCAGACUUGAUUUCGCGCGGAGCCUCUCCAGAUCAACUGAUCCACGAGAAACUAUGGUUUGAGGGCCCUAAGUGGCUCUCUCAAGAACAUCAAAUGUGGCCGACAGAGAACGAGGAAGAUGAGAACAACCUUGAUUCGUCCCAUCUAGAAGAGAAACCCAGCACUACACUCAUCAUCCAGGAAGCUUCAUCAAACGAAAUAUUUAAACUACGCGAAUCCUUCUUCAGUUUGGUAAGAAUGGUUGCUUUGAUGAAACGGUACCGGCAUAAUGCCCAAAAGGUCAAUCGGGAUGUAAGAAAAUUGGGUUAUCUUUGUCAGUCAGAAUUGUCAGAUGCAACUCUCACCUUAGUUCGAUUAUCGCAAGCCGAAAGUUUCGCUACGGAGCUUCAAGAUCUAGAGAAGUGUGGAGAGGUAAAACCAUCGUCAAGAAUUGUUGGACUUGGGCCAUACUUGGAUGAAGGUGCAAUAAGAGUCCAGGGUCGAUUAAGAAAUGCCCAAAUGUCUAGUUCUCGAAAACAUCCGUGGAUUCUUGACCAUCACCAUCCGCUUGCAGUAUCGAUUGCAAGAGAUUACCACAUUCGACAAUUCCAUGCGGGCCAGCAGUUAUUAAUUUCAAGUGUGAGAGAAAGAUUUUGGCCUACUAACAUGGCAAGCCUAGCCAGAAAUGUCAUCCGUACGUGCGUACCAUGCUUUAAAACAAGACCCAAAGUUGUUGAGCAGGUGAUGGGUGACCUCCCAGCCGAAAGAGUUACCAUAGCUUCUGCGUUUUUGAAAGUGGGUGUUGAUUAUUGUGGCCCGUUCUUUGUCAGCUAUCCUAAUCGUCGAGCAAAACCAGUGAAAUGUUAUGUAGCUGUCUUUGUAUGCCUAUCUACUAAGGCUGUUCAUCUAGAGCUCGUAAUGGACUUGACCACGCAAGCAUUUCUAGGCGCGUUAAGGAGGUUUGUUGGUCGUCGCUCGAAGCCCGAGCUUGUCAUGUGCGACAAUGCUACUACAUUUGUCGGGGCUAGUCGAGAACUCAAGGAACUUAUGCGAAUGUUCCACUCCGACCAAUUUCAGAACUCAGUCGUUAGAGAGGCGUCGAAUCUAGACAUUGAAUUCAAAUUCAUUCCGCCUCGUACUCCGAACUUCGGAGGACUCUGGGAAGCGCAAGUGAAAUCUUUUAAAAAUCAUUUCAGAAAAACCAUUGGCUUGCGUACGUUGUCUGUAGAUGAAAUGCUCACAGCACUUGCUCAAAUUGAAGCUGUACUCAAUUCAAGGCCAAUCACACAAAUAUCGAGUGAUCCGUCUGACUUCAGGGCUCUAACGCCUGGCCAUUUUCUGGUUCAGCGGCCACUAACAUCACUUCCCGAUCGUGACAUCACACAAGUCCCCACAAAUCGUCUAACGAUGUGGCAAAGGGCCCAACAGUUAACCCAACAGUUUUGGAAAAAGUGGCGUACACAAUAUCUUUCAGACUUGCAAAAUAGAACGAAGUGGACAAGAAACAAAACGAACGUCGCCGUUGGAAUGAUGGUGCUCCUGAAAGAGGAGAACUGCCCACCCCUGAAGUGGCCGUUGGGUCGAAUAACCAAAACCUUUCUGGGCCCAGACGGAAACGUACGUGUGGUUACUGUUAAAACUCAAGAUGGGUCCUACGACCGUGGCAUUAGCAAGAUUUGCUUACUACCUAUUCUUGAUAAUGAGCUAGGCAACAAGACUUCCGAGAACUCCGUCAGAAAUCCGUCAGAAUCCAUUAAGAAUCAGUAA